CACGAAACACGUCGAAACGUGGAAAAGCCUCGCUUUUUAUCCGUACACCUUUCUACGCAUUGCGGGGCUUAUCUGUGGAUUAUUUUUAGGUCGAAAGUGUCGCAGAGAUCAUUGUAGUUUUGUUUCCUUCGCUCAACGUAGUAAAUCUUCGUGGCAACCAACAUGGAUACCUCACUGACGGCUUCGCAAAUCCGGAGCGUUUUCCUGGACUUCUUCAAGGAAAAGGAACAUCUGUACGUGCACUCGUCGUCGGUGAUUCCGCUCGAUGACCCGACGCUGCUGUUCGCCAACGCGGGCAUGAACCAGUUCAAGCCGAUCUUCCUCGGUACGGUCGACCCGAACAGUGACAUGGCCCGGUGGGUGCGCACGGCCAACACGCAGAAGUGCAUCCGUGCCGGCGGUAAGCACAACGAUCUGGAUGACGUCGGCAAGGACGUGUACCAUCACACGUUCUUCGAGAUGCUGGGCAACUGGUCGUUCGGCGAUUACUUCAAGAAAGAAAUCUGUACCUGGGCCUGGGAGCUGCUGACCGAGCGGUUGAAGCUUCCGAAGGAGCGUCUGUACGUCACCUACUUCGGCGGCCAUCCGGAGUCCGGGUUGGAGCCGGAUCUGGAGUGCCGCGAGAUUUGGCUCAAGUUGGGCGUAAAGGAGGAACACAUUCUGCCGGGCAGCAUGAAGGACAACUUCUGGGAGAUGGGUGAAACGGGCCCGUGUGGACCGUGCUCGGAAUUGCACUUCGAUCGCAUCGGAGGCCGCAGCGUACCGGAGCUGGUCAAUAUGGAUGAUCCGGACGUGCUGGAGAUCUGGAACCUGGUGUUUAUCCAGUACAAUCGCGAGCAGGACAGUUCGCUAAAGUUGCUGCCGAAGAAGCACAUCGAUUGUGGUAUGGGAUUCGAGCGGCUUGUGUCCGUCAUCCAGGACAAACGGUCGAACUACGAUACGGACGUCUUUGUGCCGCUUUUCGACGCGAUCCAGAAGGGAACGGGAGCACCAGGGUAUCAGGGACGUGUCGGGGAUGCCGACGUGGAUGGUGUGGAUAUGGCGUACCGCGUGCUGGCUGAUCAUGCCCGUACGAUCACGAUCGCACUCGCCGACGGUGGAUUCCCCGAUAACACCGGACGUGGCUAUGUGCUGCGACGAAUCUUGCGCCGUGCGGUCCGUUACGCCACGGAAAAGCUAGGCGCCAAGCCGGGAUUCUUUGCCACUCUCGUCGAUACGGUGGUGCUACUGCUCGGGGACACAUUCCCCGAGGUGCGCAAAGAUCCGCAGCACAUCAAAAACGUCAUCAACGAGGAGGAGCAACAGUUCCUUAAGACACUUUCCCGUGGAAGAAACCUUCUCAACCGAACGGUCGUUAAACUCGGCAACAGCAAGGUCAUUCCGGGGGAUAUCGCGUGGCGCCUGUACGACACCUACGGUUUCCCGGUCGAUCUAACCCAGCUGAUGGCGGAGGAGAAGCAGAUGACCAUCGACAUGGAGGGCUACGAGAAGGCCAAGCACGAAUCGUACAUCAUUUCGCAGGGCAAGGAAAAGUCCAAGACGGCCACGAUCGAUCUGGAUGUGCACGCAAUCUCGGACCUACAGGAGCGUAAGGUUCCGACGACGGACGAUUCGUUCAAGUACCGCUACAAGGCCCAAUCGACCGAUCCGCUGGCGGAGUACGUGUUUGAACCGUGCACAGGUAAGAUCGUGGCCCUGCGUCACAACAACGCGUUCGUGGAGGAGGUACUGGCCGGGCAAGAAUGUGGCGUGCUGCUGGAUCGUACCAACUUUUACGCGGAAAGCGGUGGACAGAUCUACGACCAGGGUUACCUGGUGAAGGUGAACGACGAAAGCAGUGAGUUCAAUGUGUCGCUCGUGUACAACCGGGGCGGAUACGUGCUGCACAUCGGGGUUGUCGAAGGUACGCUGCGCGUUGGCGAUGAGGUCCACUGCCACAUGGACACCGGAAGGCGUCAGCUGACGAUGAAGAACCAUUCGGCCACGCACGCACUCAACCAUUCGCUGCUGAAGGUGCUCGGACAGGACACGGAUCAGCGAGGAUCGCUCGUGGUGCCGGAGAAGCUUCGGUUCGAUUUCACCAACAAGGCCGCCAUGACGAUCGAGCAGGUGGCCGAAGCGGAGCGGUUGACGCGCGAAGUUGUCCGCAAGAAUGUGCCGGUGUACGCGAAAGAGGCCAACCUGGCCGUGGCCAAGACGAUCAACGGACUUCGGUCGGUGUUCGAUGAGGUCUACCCGGAUCCGGUGCGGGUAAUUUCCUUCGGUGUGCCGGUCGAACAGCUCGAGGCCGAUCCGACCGGUGAAGCGGGUGUGAUCAACUCGGUGGAAUUCUGCGGCGGAACUCAUCUCCAUCAGUCCGGGCACAUGGUUGACUUUGUCAUCACGACCGAGGAGGCGAUCGCGAAGGGAAUCCGUCGUAUCGUUGCCCUUACCGGACCGGAAGCGUUGAAGGCACUGAAAAAGACGGAGCUGUUGGAGCAAGAGCUGGCCGCGCUGAAGACCACCAUCGAGGCGGAUGCGACAGGCAAGGAGGCAAAGGAGCACGUGAAAAAGAUCGUCGAGCUGACGGAGGACGUUUCGCAGGCGACGAUCCCGUACGUGAAGAAGGACGAACUGCGCACCGUUCUGAAAGGUUUGAAAAAGACGCUGGAUGAUAAGGAGCGCGUAGCCAGGGCAGCCGUUGCGAGUGGCGUGGUCGAGAAGGCGAAGGAGCUGUCUCAGGCGCAUCGUGACGCACCGUUCCUGGUGCAGCGGUUGGAAGCUUUCAGUAACACGAAGGCACUCGAUUCGGCACUCAAAGAGGUACGCAAGGUGAACCCCGAGCAGUCGGCUCUCUUCCUCUCGGUCGACGAGGACACGAAGAAGAUAUUCUGCCUGGCGAGUGUACCGAAGUCGGCCGUCGACAAGGGUCUGAAGGCGAACGAAUGGAUCUCGCACAUUGCGCCGGUUAUGGGCGGCAAGGGUGGUGGAAAGCCGGAGUCAGCGCAAGCAUCCGGCGGCAACUACGACAAGGCGGAUGAGAUUUUGGAGCUGGCUCGUCUUUUCGCUGUUUCGAAGCUCGAGUAAAGCGCCGACCAACCUAAAGACCGAUCUGCUUACUGCCCGCGCAAACUUAAGUGCAUUUGAUGCAAUUGCAUUUUAUAUUUCUGCUAUCGUUUUUUCCGAUUAAAUUUUAUGCAAGCCCUAAAAUGGAUCGCUAAAUAAAAAUUUACAUUUAUUUCAA